UGCUCCCGCCCCCUUCAUCCAGCUCCAAGGAAGGAAGGAGGAACUGCUCGAGCCGCGUGUGUCACUUCCAGCGUGCUGCAAAAACCGCACUGCUAUGUGAUUCCUCGGAAAUAUUUAGCUGCCUCUGCGCUCAGUGGGACGUAAGGUUAGAAAGUUUGGAAUCGCAGCCGGUGUUUUGGGGGGCGCGGGGUGCAUAAGGACGGUGGCGCAAGUGGUUUCGGAAGUGGAGCGUGGCAGAGAAAAGGAAGAAAGAGAAGGCUUUUCUUUCCCGUGUGAUACCAGAUAGCUCGCUUCGCCUGCUUGCCACGACGGGACUGACGUAGAAUAUGGCGGAGCAUCACCCGGUUUCCGACAACAAACACAAAUCCUCCCUGAACUCGGGAACGUCGUACUCCGGGAACGGGCGCAGCAGCACGGCGGUGGCGGAGAGAGGGAGCAGCGCCGGAGCGGGAGGAGGAGGAGGAGGUCUGUCCGGCGGCCUGUCGCAGCCGGCCGGGUGGCAGUCUCUGCUGUCUUUCACCAUCCUGUUCCUGGCCUGGCUGGCCGGUUUCAGCUCCAGGCUCUUCGCUGUUAUUCGCUUCGAGAGCAUCAUUCACGAGUUUGACCCCUGGUUCAACUACAGGUCAACUCACCAUCUCACCACCAAAGGCUUCUAUGAGUUCCUGAACUGGUUUGAUGAAAGAGCCUGGUACCCUCUGGGUAGGAUAGUAGGGGGCACAGUUUACCCAGGCCUUAUGGUCACAGCGGGCCUUAUCCACUAUGUGCUCAACCUGCUGCACAUUACUGUCCACAUCCGAGAUGUGUGUGUGUUCCUUGCCCCAGUGUUCAGCGGCCUGACCUCCAUCUCUACGUUUCUGUUGACAAGGGAGCUGUGGAACCAGGGCGCUGGGCUGCUGGCGGCCUGCUUCAUUGCCAUCGUCCCCGGCUACAUCUCUCGCUCCGUGGCUGGUUCUUUUGACAACGAAGGCAUUGCUAUCUUUGCCCUGCAGUUCACCUAUUACCUUUGGGUGAAGUCAGUGAAGACGGGAUCUGUCUUCUGGGCCAUCGGAUGCUGCCUUUCCUACUUCUACAUGGUUUCAGCUUGGGGCGGUUACGUGUUCAUCAUCAACCUUAUUCCUCUUCAUGUGUUUGUCCUGCUGCUCAUGCAGCGCUUCAGUAAGAGAGUCUACAUAGCCUACAGCACCUUCUACAUCAUCGGACUGGUGCUGUCCAUGCAGAUCCCCUUUGUGGGCUUCCAGCCAAUCAGGACCAGCGAACACAUGGCCGCAGCAGGCGUGUUUGUGCUGCUUCAGGUCUACGCCUUCUUGCAGUACCUGAAGGACAGACUGACCAGGCAGGAGUUCCAGACUCUUUUCUUCUUGGGAGUGUCUCUGGCUGCUGGAGUGGUUUUUCUCUCCGUCAUCUAUCUGACAUACACAGGGUACAUUGCUCCUUGGAGUGGGCGCUUCUACUCCCUCUGGGAUACUGGCUAUGCUAAGAUCCACAUUCCCAUCAUAGCAUCGGUAUCGGAGCACCAGCCCACCACAUGGGUCUCCUUCUUCUUUGACCUUCACAUCCUCGUCUGUACUUUCCCAGCAGGCCUUUGGUUCUGCAUUAAGAACAUCAAUGAUGAGCGUGUGUUUGUGGCCUUGUAUGCUAUCAGCGCUGUGUAUUUUGCCGGUGUGAUGGUGCGGUUGAUGCUGACCCUGACUCCAGUGGUGUGCAUGCUGUCGGCGGUGGCCUUCUCCAGCGUCUUUGAACACUACCUGGGUGACGACAUGAAGAGGCAGAGCCCGCCUGCAGAAGACAGCAGCGACGAGGAUGACAGGAAAAACGCAGGCAACCUCUACGAUAAGGCUGGAAAGGUGCAACAUGUGUCAGAGCAGGAGAAGGCUGAGGAGGGCCUGGGCCCCAACAUCAAGUCCAUAGUCACCAUGCUGAUGCUGAUGCUGCUCAUGAUGUUUGCCGUCCACUGUACCUGGGUCACCAGCAACGCCUACUCCAGCCCCAGUGUAGUCUUGGCCUCUUACAACCAUGAUGGCUCCCGUAACAUCUUGGACGACUUCAGAGAGGCCUACUACUGGCUGAGGCAGAACACGGACGAGCAUGCCAGAGUGAUGUCGUGGUGGGACUACGGCUACCAGAUAGCAGGCAUGGCCAACAGAACCACGCUGGUCGACAACAACACGUGGAACAACAGUCAUAUAGCACUGGUGGGAAAAGCCAUGUCCUCCAAUGAGACCGCAGCCUACGAGAUCAUGAGGUCACUGGAUGUUGACUACGUCCUCAUUAUCUUUGGAGGCGUGAUUGGCUACUCAGGCGAUGACAUCAACAAGUUCCUGUGGAUGGUGCGCAUCGCAGAGGGGGAGCACCCCAGGGACAUCAGGGAAAGUGACUACUUCACCCCCCAGGGAGAGUUCAGAGUGGACAAAGCAGGCUCCCCCACGCUGCUCAACUGCCUUAUGUACAAAAUGUCUUACUACCGCUUCGGAGAGAUGCAGUUGGAUUUCCGGACGCCGCCAGGCUUUGACCGGACACGCAAUGCAGAGAUCGGCAACAAGGACAUCAAGCUGAAGCACUUGGAGGAAGCCUUCACCUCAGAGCACUGGUUGGUCAGGAUUUAUAAGGUCAAAAAGCUGGAGAACAGGGACCGUGUGGAGCACAAGCAGCAAGGCACUGACACCACCAAGCAGAAGUACACCUCCAAAAAGACCGCCAAGAGGAAGCGGGGAUACAUCAAGAACAAGCUGUCGCUCAAGAAGGGCAAGAAACUGACCAAGAAAUCUUUAUAGGAAGUCCACCACCACCGGAGGCAGACUGUGGAUGGGAGGGAGGAAGAAAAUCUUACACACAGAACUUUCAACAAAAACACGCAGCCGCAGCAACAGCAAAACAAAAAUCCACCAACCAACAUGAUUAAGGAACACCGGAGCUUCUCCAGACCCCUGUCAUCCCGAUGUCUUCAUGUCAUCUUCACCCAGGAAACCACAGAACGUGCUGAACCCCAGCUGACCUCUGACCUGAUCAGCGAGGUCAAGGAGAAGAGACGGAGGACAGGAGGUGUCGGCAAGUCCGGGAUCCUACCCCACACCGGUUUAAACCUGAGGAACUGUGACCUUUGACUCGCUUUUCUUUUUGUACUUGAACGUGAUGGGAGACGGAGAGCAAGAGAGAUUAGCUGUCCUUCAUCCAGGGACUGUUUGGGGUGGCUCUAUGCAUUGCAUCAUUCACACAGAUACAGAAAAUCCAUCACUCUACCAUGUCUCAGAUUCAGUACGAAAAGCCUAAACCAAGUGAACAUUUUCUUGAUAAACGUUCACCUCGUUCUGCUGCGCUGACGGGACACAUUCUUUGAGGAUCAUUUCUGUUUGUAGGAUCCUGGCCCUUAUUUUCAUAGUUUUCAUCAGUUCUAACACUGUCUCACAGUGACGGAAACGUCUCAUCAGACAAGUUGUAAACAAACCUUCAGGUUGAACUGUACAAUUACGGCCCACUUUUUAAUUAACUUCCAUCACAGUUCACAGACCACCUCCCUGUUUGGUCUCUGACUGCUGGACUUUACAAAAUUCUGCCAUUUUUCUCAACAAUUACUUAUUAUUACAGAGACUCACUCUCUCAGUUUUAGGAGUAAUUAAAAGGAUGUUGCAGAAGUUUAAUAGAAACAUGUUUGACUCCAAGAAGCAACUGUUUGAAAUAGUGGUAAAAGUUGGAGCAUCACUGUGAGGAAUCCUAACUUUUAGUCUCUACUAUGGAAACUGUAAAAACACUGGAAACCACAUUUCCCCUAAUGCAGCUGGAUCUUAAAAUCAGUUGCAUACAGCUUUAAAAGUUUUUUUACAACCUGCCUGAUCAGCUGACUGCUCGUUUCUUGACUUCUUGAUGACCAGAAAGAUGGCCAGAACUAUGAAAACAAUCAGAAAUAUCCUUAAAACCAUGUGCAUUAUUAUCUGUAGUGUCCAUACUUUACAGAGAGACGACCAGGGUUGAGUUUAACAGUAACAUAUCUCUAUUGGGAAGCCAUGCCAAGAAAUGAGGCCUACUUUUUAUCAAAAACCAGUAAUGAAUGAAUGUGUUGUUCUCUCAGAUGGACACAAUCCGUCUCGGUCUGUGAGCAGCACAGAAGUCCCACAAGUAGCACCGUACCAAACAAACAGGUUUCCCACACAGCCAGGUGAAUUCCACUGAGUAAGACUGAGUGCACUGUCACAAAUCAUUUGGGAGUCACUACCAGUUUAGAGUUAAUCCAGUCCAUGUGCUUGCUUUUUGUUUUGUUAGCGGCUUAUGCUAACGGGAUGUGUGUCACGUCUGUCAUUGUGAUCAUUAAAAAGCCAUUUGAAGUGUAGCGCUUAUUUGCCCUAAUUUGAAACCCUCUUCACCUGCCAGUGCCGCUGAAAACAAUGUGAAGGGAAAUCAGCAGCGCAAACAGCCAGCUGUUAGUCCACACAGCCUGCUGUCAGUGCGUCGUGUGUCAAAAGGUGUCCCCGAGGCCCGAGUCCCUUUCAUCUCCUGUCACAAGUCCUACUGCACUGUGUAGAUACCAGACGGCGUCUCCCUGCACAGGUACAGUACCAGGAUCAAACACCUGCUCUCACUGCUCACCCCCUGUGAAUUCACAAAUACGUCCUCAGAGCUGUCAGCAGCUUUUCUGGUUUCAGAGGGUUACAGCAGCAUUGCAUUCCAGUGGCUCUUUUCAGUUGGAUGAAUUGUCACUGGUUUGUGAUUAGUUUCUUCUGUGAACCAAACCAUUUAUCAUUUAAUCCGCCUGAUUCCCUUUCUUUCAAACACACGCCUCCAUCUUGUGUGACCUGACUUUGAUUCUGUUGAGCGGUUUAUUCAGAACACCAACGUCAGAGACUCCAGGUGGAGAGGACAGAAAAGGCCUUAAAAUAAAAAACAAAAAAGAUCAUAUCGUCUCCAGAGCUGCACGGUCAGCGGCUGUAUUUAUUACAAGGACGAUGGAGGCUGCGGUGAUCAAAGCGAGCGCAGCGUCCUAUCUGUAAUGAAAGGAUUUUAUUUGGUUUUGAUUUUCCAAGUCAAAGGUUCUUCCAUCAAUUGUAAUGCUCUGGAUGCAGGUGUGAGAAUGAAACAUGCCUUUUUGAAUAAAGAGGUUGAAAUAA